CACGAGUUCCAGCCAGAUCCGGGGAAUUGAAGCUCAGAGCCUGAUGAUGCCCAGCCCACUCUCGGUCCUCGAUAUGGCCCGAACUUCUUCAAUGAUGGCAGUAUCAUCGCCCAUGGUGUUUCUCUCCUUGACAGCUGAUCUCUCCAAGCGUGAUUGCAAUACCUUGAAAUACCGCAACCUGCUUUCCCUUCUUUAACAUCUUGCCAUCUUGCCAUCUACCAAUCGUCAGGUUGUUGUUUGAGCGUGUGGUGCUUUCUUAUCUUCGCAUCUUUGCACCGCGUUGAACCAGCCAUUUAGCCCAACUCGAGACUUAUUUUUGUGAACGCUGACAGCGAACUGAUCACACUCCUUCAUAAUGUCUUCUCGAUUCUCACCGAGGCGGCUCCUGAAGCCGUUGGCUUAUGGCACAGGAUUGGCCGUUGCAGGUACCACGGUCAUGUACAUUGCCUAUCGCCCUCGAAACGUCCCCGGUGCGGAUACACUCGCUCCUAAACCUCCUCGAAGAGACGAGAACGGAGUCAUCAUUCCUCCCAAAUUUCCCUACAUCAAAACGAGAGACGAGCAGAUUGCAGACCUCAAGAAAUCAACUUCCGCGCCCUCCUCCGAAAUAUACGAUCUUCUGGUCAUAGGCGGAGGAGCCACAGGCACAGGCAUUGCGCUAGACGCGGCCACAAGAGGCCUAAAAGUGGCGAUCGUGGAAAGAGACGAUUUCAGCAGUGGAACAAGCUCAAAAUCAACGAAAUUGGUCCAUGGGGGCGUUCGAUACCUCGAAAAGGCAGUCUGGAACUUGGAUUACAACCAGUACCAACUGGUCAAAGAGGCGCUGAGAGAAAGGAAGAGCUUCUUGUACACCGCACCUCAUUUGAGCUCAUGGCUCCCCAUUAUGCUACCUCUGCAAAAGUGGUGGCAACUGCCGUACUUUUGGGCAGGGACAAAAUUCUACGACUUCCUUGCGGGCUCUGAAGGCAUUGAAAGCUCGUAUUUCCUGCCGAGAAGCAAGGCGCUGGACGCGUUCCCCAUGUUGAAGAAGGACAAUCUGGUUGGCGCUUUGGUCUACUACGAUGGCCAACACAACGACUCCCGAAUGAAUGUUUCGCUGGCUAUGACGGCUACUCUCUACGGUGCUACGACGGUGAACCACCUCGAGGUGACAGGUCUCGAGAAAGAUGCGAGUGGGAAACUGACCGGUGCACGAGUCCGCGACUUGAUUGCAGACAAAGAUGGGAAAUCAGGAAACGAAGAUUUCGUCGUCAAGGCAAAGGGCAUUAUCAACGCAACCGGUCCGUUCGCCGACGCCAUCCAACAAAUGGACGAACCUGGCACGAGGGAUAUUGUUGCGCCGAGUUUGGGCGUCCAUGUCGUCCUCCCUGGCUAUCUCAGUCCUCAGAACAUGGGUCUCAUUGAUCCUUCCACCUCCGACGGCAGAGUCAUCUUUUUCUUACCCUGGCAAGGCAACACAAUUGCAGGGACGACUGAUGCACCCUGUGCUAUUUCGCAGAAUCCAGUGGCUGGUGAGAAAGAUAUUCAGUGGAUUUUGGACGAAAUUCGGACGUACCUGACACCAGAUAUCGACGUCCAGCGGUCAGAUAUCCUCGCCGCGUGGUCAGGUAUCCGUCCCCUCGUCCGAGACCCCAAGUCGAAGAACACCGAGUCCCUGGUCCGCAGUCACCUGGUUACGGUCUCUGAUUCCGGCUUGCUUACAUGUGCUGGUGGUAAAUGGACCACUUACCGCCAAAUGGCCGAGGAUGCAGUCGAUGAAGCAAUCAAGGCCUUCAAGCUGCAACCUAAGCCUGUCACUUAUGUUCCCGACAUCAGCGGCGUCAAUGGCAUUGACCCCACCUCCAAGAUCCUCAAUGGUACCUGCCAGACGCAUCACAUCCGCUUGCUUGGUGCUCACGGAUUUUCCACGACCCUCUUCAUCAACUUGAUCCAGCACUUCGGUCUCGACACCGAUGUUGCCAAGCAUUUGGCGGCUGACUAUGGUGACCGAGCUUGGGAUGUUGCAGCACUUGCUUCUCCGACGGACAACACGGAGCACUACCCUCAUCGCGGCCAGCGCCUGUCAACGUUAUACCCAUUCAUCGACGGCGAAGUGCGCUACGCUGUGCGCAGCGAGUAUGCGCAGACGGCAAUUGAUGUUCUCGCUCGGCGCACAAGAUUGAGCUUUUUGAAUGCUCAAGCUGCUUUACAUGCCCUUCCCAAGGUCAUUGACAUUAUGGGUGAUGAGUUGAAAUGGAACGAGCAGAGAAAGGAGGCUGAAUGGAAAGAGUCCGUCACUUUCCUGGCUAGCAUGGGUUUACCGACUGACCUGCUGCAAAUCACACGUGAUGAAGUGCUCAGAGGAGAAAUGGCGACGAGCAACCUCGCCCCGGCAAAGGGUGCCUCAAAGGCUGUCGUGCCAGUGAGACCCUCCAUUGAACCAGUUGCCGAAGCCCAUGGACCUCUCCCUUGAACUUUUCUGGAAUGGCAAACAUCGCCAGUCAUUCAAUUCGUUCUUUUUAGCAUUAUGAUUUGCUUUUGGUUUGGAGACUGGGUGAAAAGCUGGAUACCUUUUGCAUGAUACCAUGUCCGUGGCGCAUGGAGUUCUGGAGCUGCUCGACUUGUCAACGUUUUAAGAACAAGUAGCUGGGAUUUAUGACGGAAUAUUUUGUGGGGAUAUACCACAGUUCUGCAGAAUGUUGUGCGUCCAUACAGCUCGGCUGAGAGGUUGGCUGGUGGCUACUGAAAACGAGGAUCCUGAAAUUGAACAGGUAUUUUCGGUGUCUCCUCCGAACCAUGUUUCAUGCUAUCUUAUGCUCGAAGCACAAAGAUUUAGUGCACAGCAUCGUGAUGUCUCGAUGAAUGCUGGUCGCCUACCCCAGGUGGACGAUUACAGCUCUCCUGUUAGUGUCAGUAAAUGGCGACUCCGGGGUCUCCCACGAGGUUACACUGCCAAAUCGGGACGCUGAUCAGGCAUAUCGGCACAAAAACAGUCCUUUGAUCGUCUACGAAGCUCGAGAAUGACUAAUUGAUUGGGGCAUAUUAGACCAGGCCGAGUUUGGGCAGCAGCAACACCCCAGCACCGCCUCCAUGGGCAUGUCGCGUCAGUUCACUAUAGUACGCUGACCGGGGACUUUUGGAGAACGUGGGGC